AGAGAGGAGGAGAGAGGAGGAGAGCGAAAGGAAAGCCAGUCAUUUCCCUCCAGAGUUUGCACCGUCCAGACAGCCCUGCCUCUUUUGUGCUACGUCACGACUGAGCAGGAUACGCUGAUGCCGACAGGAGGAAACAAGCACUCGUGUCUGCCAGAAGCCGGCUGCUCCAUCCUCUCACUGGAUCUUUCACCGGCUUCACAGAACCCCCUGGUUUCUCAUUUUGACCCUCAUUUUGAGCCUAGCCAAAUCAGACAACAGGCUGAUUCUGGGAAUAUACCUCGUCUUCUUCCACAGAGCAACUGACAUCAGUGGCGGGAUACAGUUUUGCCUUAAAGAUGGAGGUCAAAUGUGUUUCAGACCGGAUCAGGAAGAUUUACAUCUCAACUUAACAAACUCCCUCUGUGAAGUUAAUCAAAGUGAUCUGGGAGCAACAGGAGCUCAAUCAGACCUCGUCGCCAGCUGAUGGAUCGUCUUCAGGCUCUCUGUCUGACAUGUUGGAGUAAAUUUACCUUUUAAUCAAGGAUUUAGACAUUGAUGGUUAGUGCUGGCUCUCGUUGAACGUCGUGACCUAUAAAUCAGAAAUGGUGUUAAUGAAUGUGUUCCCCAGUAAGGCUGACAGAUAGGUACGUCAUCACUGCUGACUCACUACAUGGCCAAGAAUGCCUCACUUCAUGCCCUAAAUUUAGAUUUAAAGCCUCUAACUUUGAUUUUGCCUGACAAGAUGGACUACUGAUCAAUUUCUCUCAUCAGAGUUAAAGGCAAAUUAAAGAGGUUAUUAAAAUCUUGAAAGUUCUUGACACAGAACAGUCAUUUUUCUACUAGUCAAGUUGUGUGGCAAUAUCACUAAUGAAUGCCUAAAACAAAUUGGCCUUGUCCUAUGAACAAGAACAACGUUUGACUUCAUCUCUGUUGACUUCUUUGGACUACUGACCCAAUCGAAGAUUAUUUUGGACAUACAGGAAGGGAACACUACUCGUGUUUUGCUUGAAGUUUCUCUCAAUAUGGAAUAUCUAAUCUCAAAGUGACCUCCAGACCCCCAUCGACAUGGUGGUGACUCGUCUUGAGUUGGAGCUUCGCUACCAGGACAAGAAGCUCCGUGGCGUGACAUGGAAGCUGACACGAUCUGAACAUGGUUUCCUGCCAGAGAGCUCCUGGCUCAUCGCGGCGCAGGUUAUGGUGCCGUACCUGAUAUCAGGACUCGGAAUGGUCUCUGCUGGGAUCCUAAUGGACCUUAUGCAACACUGGGAGGUGUUCAAGGUGAUAACGGAGGUUUUCAUCCUGGUUCCGGCUCUUGUCGGCCUCAAAGGAAACCUGGAGAUGACCCUGGCUGCUCGGCUCUCCACCGCUGCCAACACGGGCCAAAUGGAUGAUCCAGACAAACAGUGGACCAUGGUGUGCAGCAACCUGGCUCUCAUUCAGGUCCAGGCCACGGUGGUGGGCUUUCUGGCAGCAGUGGCAGCCGUCUGCUUGGGUGCGAUCUCCAGAGGAGGAGUAGAGCUGGACCAGGCGGCCGUCCUGUGUGCCAGCAGCAUCACCACUGCCUUCGUAGCUGCUCUGUCCCUGGGCCUGGUGAUGAUCGGAGUGAUCAUUGGCUCCAGGAAGGUGGGAAUCAACCCGGACAACGUUGCCACGCCCAUCGCCGCAAGCCUGGGAGAUCUGAUCACACUGUCCCUGCUGGCCGGGGUCAGCAGCACGCUCUACCAGUACAAAGACCUCUGGUACUUGUCCCCCUCUGUGUGCCUGCUCUUCCUGGCUCUGAUCCCGCUGUGGGUGGUGUUGGCCCGACAGAGUCCACAGAUCAAAGAAGUUCUCCGCUCUGGCUGGCAGCCUGUUAUAGUAGCCAUGUCCAUUAGCAGUUUUGGGGGCCUUAUCCUGGACAAAACAGUGAGUGACCCCAACUUUGAGGGGAUGGCUGUCUUUACACCUGUUAUUAACGGAGUGGGUGGGAACCUGGUUGCCAUCCAGGCCAGCAGGAUUUCAACAUACCUUCACUUCUGGAGCGUUCCAGGUGUUCUGCCCAGCAAGAUGAGCCAGUACUGGCCCAAUCCCUGCGUCAGCUUCUUCUCCUCAGGAGUGAACUCUAAGUCGGCGCGUGUGCUGCUGCUGCUGGUCGUUCCCGGGCACCUGGUCUUCCUCUACGCCAUCUCACUGCUGCAGGGAGACGAGGCUCCUGUCACCACAGCCUUCACCAUCUGCUACCUGUGUGCGGCUCUGCUCCAGGUAGCCAUUCUUCUUUACGUAGCCGAUCUCAUCGUCCGUCUGAUGUGGAGACGAAGUCUGGACCCCGACAACUUCUCCAUCCCGUACUUGACCGCUCUGGGGGACCUGCUGGGAACCAGCUUCCUGGCCCUCUGCUUCCGCUGCGUCUCAAUGAUUCACAGUUUGGGCCUGUGAAGUUUUUCCCACUAAUCCCUGAACAAACACUGAGAUAACACCUGUCUUACUGCACCACUUUUUUUUCUUCUAAAGCAAUUUUGAGAGUUUCUCCUGAUCUUGAUCACUGCACCAGUUCAAACUGAAGCGCUACAAACCCAGGCCUUUAUUUUCACUCUCUAGAGGAACACCAGUCGAGUCCCUGCGGUGAGCGGUUGGCCUCAGUUUGGAGUUGGGUUUACAGAAAAGACUUACAGCUGCCAUCUUUAGGCGGGCCGCUCUGUGCAUGUAUGCUGGAGGACAUACAAGUUGCUACACAGAACAGUAAUUGGAUUGAAUAUGAGCGAAGAGUUCAGUUUGCAUUAUGACUCAUGUGUCCCGGUACGUUAGGUCAAGUAGACGGGGAUGUUUCUGUAUCUCCUUUACAAGCUCUGAUCUCAUUUAAAAAAAAAUAAAUUUAAGAGCUCUAUCAUGACAGAAAUGUACAACAGAAGUUAUAUAAAAUGUAUAUAAAAGGCCAUUGAGGAAGAAAUAUGAAAUAAACCAUGGAUCAUGUCAGAUUCGUUCUUUAGUUGAAGACAUUGAUCACUGUUCCUUUUAAUCUUUGUCCCUAUUUGCCAUCAACUUCAUCUGGCUCUAUUGGCUCCAGGCUCUACUCAUUUUUCUGUUGUCAUCCUUCUAUGCUAUAUUUCCCUCCAUAGUAACAACUUGGUUGAAAUAAAAUUCUUCAGUAGGUCAGACUUUUACUUGACCACCGUGUUUAAAAUCCACUAAGUCGCCAACUUCAGAGUUUGUCACGCACUAAAUGUUGCUUUUAAAUCAGAGCCAGUGGUAGUUGUGACAUUUCUGCGGUCUGUUUGUGGCUCUUGGCAGCAGCUUUGUGCUUCUCAUACUGCAUAUGUCUUUCUACAACCUUAACCCCGUAGUGCCAAGCUUCUUUGCACAGAAUGUACGGAGCAUUGUAAGGGUUAGCAACAGAAGUGAGUCAAUGGCUCACAUCGUUCAGUCAAGUAGAGAUAAAUUUGUCUCCUAGCAGCUAGUUACUAGUAGCCUCAACCGUCUGGAGUGACAGAGUAGUCCUCCAGACGCUCUCACACAGUUUCAGGUCAGAGGGUAAGCGACCCUCCAUAUCCUCUACAGGAGUAGUCAACCACUGCUGAAUAAUCUAUACCACAGUGAGAAGGUAAAACCUUUCUAUAGACACAAAGAAGGAAGACUGAUACGCAAAAGCUGUUCUCAGAAUGGAAGGGCGGAGCAAAACUCAACGGAAGGAAACUUCUUGACUCAUAAAUGUUAAAGGACACACUCUUGUUUGUCACACACACCCUCUCAGUCACAUGAAAUGAAAAGUUUAUUGUCCUUAGAGAACAAACAGUACACUAAAAGUCAAAUCAACCACUUUAUUUUUAUCUGAUGAAAGUGGGGAUUUCUUCGUUAAGUACAGCUUCUCUAGUUUCUGUUCUCUUUGGCAGAUUUAUUUUAUUAACAAGUUCCAGUGAAACUUUGAAGUUCACAUGUUAGUGAACUUCCUCUGAAACCAGAAGCUGGAGCUUCUCUAAAAAAAUCCAUGUUUACUAUCAGCCAAAAGAAGCAGGCAGAGUUCACCACUCCUCUGAACGUCUCCUUGGUAGCACCAAAAAGUGAGAAAGAAUCUGAUUGGAUAUAAAAUUACUAAACAAGACAAUUCAAGCUUAUUUUACUGUACUUCUCCAGAAAUCCAGUUCAAAUGAACUGGACUUUCUAGGCCAACCAGUUCAAUUAAAGUGGACUAAACAGGACUGGUUUGAAUUCGUCCUUAAUCAGAAGGAAGUCAUGUUUUUGUAGAGUUUCUCCUUGUUCCAAACAAACCAUGCUUCUAUUUCGAAAGGUUUACAUUGAAGUCAUAAACGGAAGGCUUGAGGAUUCAGAACAGGGUAUUAGAAAUAAUUUAGCCUUUUCCCAUCAAAGUGUAGCUACCAACAGAGCUUUGCUAAGACAACAAUGGCCUGGAACUGAAUUCAUUUAUUUUUAUUCUCUCAUUAUUCUCUGUACUAUGUAGAGCUAACCUUUUCCAUUUCAUUUAAAACACUGAGAAGUUCACCUAUUUCACCAUCAUUUGAAUAUUUGAUUUUUUUUUUUUUUGCUGUGAUUUAAUUAACAUAAAAACACUAAAUUAAGAUGUUUCCAGCUUUUGUUUGAGUGUUGACAUGGAGAGUUAAAGAAGCCUUGUAGUUCUGAUUAAAAUCUCAUAUGUUUACAUACACUCACUUUCAAAGAUACUCAGAAAAAAAAUCCAAGCCAGUUCUUACUUGACAGUGCUGUGAAAAAGUAUUUAACCCUUCACAGGUUUCUGAUUCAGAUGCUCCUCCACCACGGCUGAAUUAGAUGAACCUAAACUGGAACUAGGGCUGAGCGACAAAUUAAUUUUAGCGGUUAAUCAAAUUUAUUUGAUUAAAUUUGAUUUAAUUGUAGAAAAAUCUGGAUUUUUUUUUAGACAUGUACUCCUUGGGUUUCCGUAGUUCAGAGUCAUGUGAGCUUCUGAUUAUUUGGAACUUGAAUUCAGGUCAACUUACAGAACAGAUGACUAACGCCAGUUUUCACAAAUAUUGUCAUUUGUAAUUUAUUCUUGAGAAAAGAAGAUGGGGAAAAAAACUACCAAUUAAAAUCAAAAAUGUGGUAUGGUUUUUCAGGUAUGUUUGAUACAUGAAAAGUAAAAAACAUUUUUCUAUGUUUGAUAUGGCUCUGAUUUUGAAAGUACGGUUCAAGAUUGCCAAGAAAUAUGUUGUAUAUUUUUAGAAAACUUGUUUCAUGAGGCAUUAAAAACUGCAGAAAUUUGACAUCACACACCUUCCAUAUGUGUGGAGCAUGUUGCAAUUGCAAAACUGUUUGUUUUUUUUUGACAAAAUUUUGCUCACAUUUGUAAUGGAAACACAGCUACUGAUAAUCUGCAGCAGUACUAUGUGUGUGUGUGUGUGUGUGUGCGUGUGUGUGUGCGUGUGUUUCACCUAACCUCUUGUUCUGUGAGAAUAAGAGUGGGGUCUUAGUUUCACUCUUAUUCUGUGAUAAAUAGAUCACUGCUAUGUUGUGUUGUACCAGCAUAAACAUGUCUAUAAACAGGGCUGGAUGAUUCAAACCUGAAGUUUAUAAUAGAAUACCACCAAACAGUCAUACAGGCGAACUGUAGAAUUCUGGAUUGUUCUGUUAGUCAUUGAAUCAGAUGAGUUUUCACAAAGUUUUUUUUUUUUUGUUCCUCAAAAAUGCUUGUGUUCUGAACUUUUACCAGGAUUAUAUGUGAUAUAAAGAAGUAGUUUUUUUUACAUGUGGUUUAUCAUCCAACUCUGACUUAGAGAAUAGAGUGUGAUUGUGUGAUAUUGAACUUGUUAUAUAAGUAGUGAUGCACCAGUCAGUCACAGCCAGUGAUUGAAAUUUGCCAUUUUUCCCUAAUUGUCUCUGGUCAGUAGUUUAUGUAGUGCAAACUAGAAAAAAAUGAAUCAAAAUGUAAACAAA